CCUUCAAGGAGGUCAUUACAGGUUUAAUAACAGAAUCGGACAUAUCAAGAAGUCACCUGUUGGAUUUUGAACAACUUCUCAAAGGAGCUGUAACCUUCAAUGGCUCGGUUUCGUCUGCCAAGCAUCGGGUUACUAUUGGUUUUCUUUUUAGCGGUUUUCGGUGUUGAAGCAGAAGGAAAGAAAUCUCCAGAACUGAGGAGACAGAAAAGAGAAUGGAUUAUUCCUCCACAGAAGCUGAAAGAGAAUACCGAUUAUCGGUCUAGGGAGUAUAUUGCAAAAAUUCGAUCAGACCAGGAGUUUAAAGCACCAGUGAGAUACUAUUUGAAGGGCCGUGGCGCUGAUGAACCUCCUGUUAAUUUGUUUAUAGUUGAUCCAGUCUCUGGCUUUGUGAGAAUUACAGAUAUUCUUGACAGAGAGAAGAUCCACCUUUACAAUCUCUCGGGGGUUGCCCGAUAUGCGAAUGGGGAGUAUGCUGAGAAGAACAUUGAGCUCCGUGUCCAAGUUGAGGAUGAAAAUGACUGUGCCCCUGUAUUUGGCGAAAUGUCACCUGGAUCUGUGUAUGAAUUAAGUCCAACAGACACUUUUGUUAUGAAGAUAAAUGCCACAGAUGAUGAUGAGCCUGGUAACAUAAAUUCAAAAAUAGCAUACAGCAUUGUGAGCCAGAGUCCAGGAGGAGACAUGUUCUACAUAAAACCAGAUGGCUCACUUUAUGUCAGAAAACCUAGUCUUGACCGAGAGUUACAUGGGUCUUACACUUUGGUUGUGAAAGGAACAGAUCUGGAUGGUGCAGUAAAUGGCAACACUGGAACAGGCACUGUUAAAGUCAACAUCCUUGAUGUCAAUGACAACGUUCCCACACUGGACAAAGAAGAUUAUACAGGCAGCAUAGAUGAAAAUAUACAGGGUGUGGAGGUGAUGAGGUUCAAAGCCAGCGAUCUUGAUUUGGAAAACACCGACAACUGGCUUGCGCAGUUUGAGAUCAUUUCAGGAAAUGACGCUGGCUACUUCAGCAUCACCACUGACCCCAAGACCAAUGAGGGCAUUUUAAUGUUGGAAAAGCCAGUUGAUUAUGAAGACCUGAAAGAGCUUGACCUUGGAGUGGUUGUACGAAACAAAGCAAAAUACUACACAGUAUCUGGUGGAGGCUUUGGAGAAUACAGUGCUGGAGGUGGAGGUGGAGGUGGAGGUGGAGGUGGAGGUGCUGGUGCUGCAGCAGGAGCAGGAGGAGCUGGUGGGGGAGGGAGCAUGGUCGUGAGUAAACCAUAUCCUGUCAAGAUCAAAGUAAACAACAUGCCUGAGGGCCCCAUGUUCAAACCCAAGGUCAAGGAUGUGCCCGUUUCUGAGGACAGCAAAAAGUUCAACAUAAAAAAUAUAAUUGCAACAUAUCCAGCCAUUGAUGGAGACACACUGAAGCCUGCUGAAAAUGUCAGGUAUGUAAAGGGACAUGAUCCUGACAACUGGUUGGUCAUUGAUGAAAAGACUGCAGAAAUCAGACUCAACAAAGCCCCAGAUCGGGAGUCCAAGCACCUGGUCAACGGAACAUACUAUGCCAAAAUUCUCUGCAUAACACAAGAUAUGCCCUCCAAAACUGCUACUGGAACCAUUGCUCUCCAGGUAGAAGACAUGAAUGACCACUGUCCCACACUCACUAGCACUUCUCAGACCCUGUGCUCAGAUGAGAAAGUUGUGCUCGCCACAGCGGUAGAUGAAGAUGCUUAUCCCAACGGAGCUCCCUUUAAAUUUACCAUCAUACCUGAAGAAACCAAGGGAAAAUGGACAGUGGAGCGCCUGAAUGACACUACAGCGAUUCUGAGGGCCAAUGAGACCUUGUGGCCAGGCUCCUAUGAAGUGGCUGUUGAGAUCGCAGACAAUCAAGGGGAGGUCUGCCCUGACAGACAGAACAUCAAGGUGGAGGUGUGCACCUGCACGGCAAAUAAAGUCUGCGGCAGCAGAGGAAAGGACGAGACAAGUGCUAUUUUCGGAGCCCCUGGGAUUGGUCUGCUCAUGCUCGGCCUCCUCUUGCUUCUGUUGGUGCCCCUCCUGCUGCUCUUCUGCACCUGUGGAGGUGCUGGUGUGGGAGGGAUAGCCAGCGGUUUUGCCGAUUUGCCUUUUGACACCAAAGAACAUCUGAUUUCUUACCACACAGAAGGAAAAGGAGAAGACAAGGACGUCCCUCUGCUGACUGCCCCAAUGGACAUGGGUGACGGCUUCAUAAAAACUGCCACUGUGGGUGCUGUAGGAGCCGGGGCCGGCUUCUUGUCCUCGGCUUCAACGAUUGGUCAUGGAGGCGGCAUGUUCUACCAGUCCAAUGGACACAUGGAAGGCGAAUACAUGGGCAAGGAGCAAGGGAGCGCUUUCUACUCCAAAAUUGAGGGCAGCGAAGAACACAUGUAUGACGGAUUUGCCCUCCCAAUGGAUUAUUUGGAAGAGUACUACUCACAGAAAAGCAUCCAAACCAUAGAAGACCAUCCAACAAAGGAUAACUUGCUGGUCUAUGACUAUGAAGGACAAGGCUCUGCUGCAGGAUCAGUAGGGUGCUGCAGCAUCCUCGAAGCUGACGACGACCUGGAAUUCCUCAAUGACUUAGACCCCAAGUUUAAAACCCUGGCUGAGAUUUGCAAAGGUCAAAAAAUCGAAUCUGAAGUUUCCGCCAUCGCGUCGACGCCCGCAGUUGAGCACAGCACCGUGACAACAGUGAACUCCUCCGGCACUCUGAAUGUGGCAAGCUCCAACGUGGCAGAAACCUCUGCCGAGAGAAACGUCGUAGUGGAGAGUAAUUAUGCGGCCACCCUCCCCAAAGUGAGUGUCUGUGAGAAUGUGGUGGUUCCGAACCAGACGUACCUCAUUCAGCAGCCUGUUUACUAUGCUACGGCUCCGGUUUUACAGGCUACUCGGUAUGUUGUUGAGCCUCAGGUUCACAACACAGUUCUGGUGUCAGAGAGGCCCUCUGUGCCUACCAUGCAGGGUAUGUAUGUGGUGAGUGAUGCUCCAGCAGCGGGGAACGUGGUUGUCCAGGAGAGAAGAGUGGUGGGGGGUCCUGUCGCACACAGUGGUGUAAUUGGGGUGCAGCAGGGUACCUUAAACAGGGGCGAGAAUGUUGUGUUGGUGGAGAGGAAUGUGGGUUCAGGCCAGGUGAUGAGAGAGGGGACAGGCCUUGUCCAAAUGGGAGGUCUGUCGGGGUCACAGAACAUCAUGCUAGUAGAAGAACAGGUGGGUGCAGGACAGGUGCUGCCAGGAACCCCAACAUGGAUCCAACAAGGUACCCUGCAGAGGGGACCCAUCUCUGGGUCUCAGAACAUCCUGCUAGUGGAGAGACAGGGGAGCAGUGGGCUGGGAGUGCAGGAAGGUAUGUCUGGGUCAACAUUACAGAGGGGAGAACUGUCUGGAUCCCAGAAUGUAGUCUUUAAAGAACAGGGUAUGGGAUCGAUCUUUGGCUCCCAGGGGACACUGAUCGGGUUGAAUGGAAGCCCAACUCAGGUGACUGGUCUGCCUAGCUCUCACAAAGUAGUGGUCCAGGAGAAAAAAGUAGUGUCUAGUCGAAAUGUGUAAGGAGGGACCACCAAAGAAUGUUAAAAAGUUGUAGGUGAUCCUGAUUGGCUGAAACCCAAUCAGCAUUUUCUGGUUGUUUUCUUUUGUGUUGCGUCCCUCACCCAUACACCUGGACGCCAUUACACAUCUGGGACGUAACGGUGGGGCUUUACUCUUGAAUUGUUGCUUCAACAAAACGUUAAGUCAAGUCUGUUCAGUUCCUUCCAUGAGAAUUUAUGCCAGUGGUUGGUUGUGCACAGGGAGUCAUGUUGUUAAGUAUUGAGACAAGAAAACAAAAGUCAGUCUGCUCUUUGUAUUAGCAUAACAUAUAAGCAUGUCUGCCUUUUAGAUCAGUGUAUUAUAGUGUUUUACGAUUUCAAAAAUGUUUGACAUAAAUUUUUUGUGUGUGUUGGAGUGCGCUAUAAAUUCAUAUUGUAUCAGGGCUGAUAUCAGGUGUGCAGCUGUCCUACAUCCUUUUCCAUUCUGACUGACUGCCUCUGGAAGACAACGUAAUGAAAUAUUGUUAUAACUGGUGUGGAGUUAGAAGCGAAAACCUGAAACGAGACUGUCCAUCUCAUUAGCACACAUGCAGUAUUGCCACUGCAUGCCUCCAGACCCUGCCUUAUAGGCAAGUGAUUACAGCUAAGUAGGGUGACAUAUGAAAAAAAAAUC